UUAAAAAGAUUUCAUUUAAUAAUAGAAGAAAAGUAUUGGUUCUCAUUUGAAGGUAUACAUACAUUUUUGAUAAAAAAAAAUGUACUAGCUGUUACAAAAAAGAUGUUCAUGGCUUUAGAUAGUUCAGCAACUUGUCGAUGAUUUGACGUUCACUAGCCAACUGUAUAUAAAGAAUGCCUUUGUAAUAUGCAUCUUAUUCUAACAUUAACUUAUACAUUUUUUAUGGUAAUUUUGUACGCCCCACCAUCGUAUGACGAAACUUAUUUGAUGCAAGUUACUGAUAUUGUUUGGUAGCAAAGAAAUGAUCACUCUCAAACAUUGUGCUUGAUACAAAACCACAUUUUAGUGUAACAUCAACGAUAUUACGAAAGUGUACAGCAAUAUUAAAAACGCAAAGAGGUGAAUAUUGAUAAUAUAAAAGAAAAAUGGCAUUUCGUGAAUUAGUUGAGGGUGAUUGUGGAGGACCUAGUUCUUUGAUUCGUCUUACAUCACAUUUUGUAAGUGAUCAUGGCUUCAAAGAAGAAGGAAUACAUCAUCCUUUUGAGCCUGUGGAAUCUUUCCAAGCUUCAGAUUCAGAUCAGUUAGUUAAACAAUUUUUAGAAGAACAUCCUUCAUGUCCACAAACAUUUAGAAUGGAUAAUUUAUUACAAGAAAUGCGUGAAAUUGAUCAAAACAUUCAUCCACCUAUAGCAGCACCAGGAGUAGCUCAAGAAUUAACUACUUUAGAUACAGCUUGGGCAAAUCAAUAUCUUGAAUCAGGACGUCAUUUCAAUGAACAUCAUGCUGAUGAUAUUUGGAACCCUGAAUCAGAACAAAAUUCAAAUACUUUAGUUCAACAAAAACAUGAGUUAGGAUUAGGACCUAAGUGGGCUGAGGAAUAUAUAGAACACAGUAUAGAUGCCAUACAAAGUGAUAUAAAUAUAGAGAAUGCAACACAACCAAUAGAAAAUAAUGAUAAUCCUGACUUUGCAUACUCAAAAUUUAUGAAAUUUAUGAAACAAGAAGGAGACAUUUCAGUUGAAAAUGAUCAAGAAUCACUGCCAGACUUUCAAGGUUCAAGCGAAGAAUGGACAGAACAAUUUGAAAAAAGUAAUGAAAAAUCUGAAGAUAAAGUUUCUGAUAAUAAUACUGAAGAAGGUGAGGUCUCAAAUAAGGUUGAAAAAGAACAAGUUGUUGCUGAUAACUGGAUAGAUGAAUUUCAAAAAGAAAGCACUUCUUCAGAAGUAGACAAUUAUGAAUCGACAUUUUCAAAAAUUCAAAAUGAAUUGGAGAAAAUAUCACCUUCUGAAAAAGUAUCAUCAAAACACCCAUGGCUUUCAGAGUAUGAUACUUUUUAUGACCCAUUCAAAGAUUAUGAAUUUCAUGAAGAAAAUCCAAUGAAAAAUUUACCAAAUGCAUUAGAAGAGGGCAAAACAAGAUUAGAAGCUGGAGAUUUACCAAGUGCGAUACUUUGUUUUGAGGCAGCAGUGCAGCAGGAUGAAAAUAAUCCAGAAGCUUGGCUGCUUCUUGGUAAAACCCAAGCUGAAAAUGAACAGGAUCCACUAGCUAUUUAUGCUUUAAAACGCUGUUUAGACCUAGAUCCUGCAAAUGGUACUGCCCUUAUGGCGCUAGCGGUUUCGUAUACAAAUGAAUCCUAUCAAAAUCAAGCAUGUAUAAUCCUUAAAGAAUGGUUAUUAAGAAAUGAAAAAUAUAAACAUCUCUCUGUGAAAAAGACAAACACUGAACGGCAUGCGAAAUUCAGUGUAUCGUCUAUUCUAUUUGAAGAUGUGCAUGAAGAAGUUAAAAAUCUUUAUAUUCAAGCUGCACGUAUAAAUCCAUUGAAUGCAAUUGAUGCGGACGUGCAGUGUGGGCUAGGAGUACUUUUCAAUUUGUCUAAUGAGUAUGAUAAAGCUUGUGACUGUUUCCAAGCAGCAUUGCAAGUGCGCCCUGAUGAUUCCAGAUUGUGGAAUAGAUUAGGUGCCACUUUAGCAAAUGGCCAGAAAUCAGAAGAAGCUAUAAAUGCAUACCAUCAUGCCUUAAAAUUAUCACCUGGUUUUAUUAGAGCUCGUUAUAAUCUUGGAAUUUCUUGUAUUAAGCUUGGUGCAUAUAAAGAAGCUGGUGAACAUCUUUUAAUAGCCUUAAAUCAGCAAGCAGCUGGCCGCGGAGUACAAGGUGAAAAUUACUCACCGAAAGCGAUGUCGAAUAUUAUUUGGUCGACGUUAAGGCUUGUCAUUUCGUUAAUGCAUAAAUAUAAUUUAAAUGAAGCUAUAGAAAAUAGAAACUUAUCAAGGUUGAACGAAGAAUUUGAAAUUGCAUAACUCUAAACUUAUUAAAUUCAUUUGAUAAACAGAAAAAAUAAACCUUGUUUAAUAUUUAAAAUACCACAAAAAAAAAAAAUAGUUAAAAAUAUUUUUUAAUAAAUAUAAAAAUGUAUAUACAAACGAAAACUAGGAUUGCUUUCAUGUAACACUGUAAUUUCUUUAUUACAAAAGGGUUUAAUUUAAAAAAUAGUAAGUAUCAAAUUAAGAUAUUCUAUACUUUUAGGACUUCAUUCAGUAGCUAUAUCCAAUAGGUAUAUAGCUUUUUAUUAUUUCAUCUUAUAUAAAUUAAAAAUGGGUUAUAAA